AUGUCAGGUUCAUUUUCAGAAGUCUACUCCUCAACCACAACCACCACCACCACCUCAAACUCAAACUCAAGUUCAAAUUCAACUCACACACCACUCAUGUCACCACCCUCAUCUACAAUUCUAGCUUUGCAAAUCGAAUAUCAUGUAUAUGAUGGUAACAACAACAGCAGCAACAAUGUUGUUGGUGGAACAACAAACAACAACCACUCGAAUUCUCAACUAGGAGGAAGUUUUACUGAGAAUAAUAAUAAUAAUAAUAAUUACUUUACCACAAACAGCGGCAGCAGUAGUAAUAAUAGUAGUAGUAGCAGUUUAGGCGGAAGUGGUAAAGACAACAACAGUAAUAUCAACCUUGGAAAUCUCAAUAUAAAUCACACGACAUCAUCAAACAAUUUAACAGCGUUGGCAGCAGCAUCCUCUCAGUCAAAUUCAAUUAGAAGGGGUCAACUAGAGUUGAUAGCAAUCACCAGAGUACAAGAGGCAAUACGUUUGAUUUCAGACAGGUUUUUGAAAACAUCAUCGGCUGAACAUUUCAACCCCUACAACUUUAAGCUCUAUCUCCGACAGCCAAUAUCAUCAAACUCCACCAUCAUCGCCAACACCAACAGCAGCAUAGUUUCAACUCUCAACAGUAAAUCUGAACUCUAUCAGCUUACUGAUCUCAAUAGAACACUUGAAUCCUAUAAUAUAAAUAAUAAUACAUCAUCAACAAAACAUACAAACAAACAAACAAACAUCAAAAUUUGGACAAAGGAUAUUCUUGUGAUUAGAAUGAAUAAAAGAUCAAGUAUACAUCAUGGUGGAAGUUCACCACAGAUUACACCAACCAAGAGUACAAAGAAAGAUGGAUUCUUCAGAUCUAUAUUCUCUUCAAGUUCAAGCAGUAGAGGUGCCUCUGAUGCCAACUCUGGAAUUACAAACAACGCAACUAGUCCAAACACAACAAAGGACGAUUCCAACAAAGGUGCGGAUUCUCACCCACAUCCAGCAACUGCUGCAACAGAAAUAUUGGCAUCGUUUCAAUACUAUGGAAAUGAGAUGGAUUAUGCAGAGUUGUUAGAGUUACAUCAGAAUAAUACGGUGGAGAAAAGUGGAUAUAGAAAUAGUAAGUUGUUGGCAAACUUUUUGUUGUAUCUCCUACAGAAUAUAUGUGUGGUGCAAUCUGUUUUUGCAAAGGAGAUAGCCAGUGUCAGUGAUACCGAUGAAAAGAUUGAACAGUUCGACAGAUUGCCACCAAAGAAUCGUGUUGUUUUCAAACAUAUUCUGGUGCUACUCAAUAAGUUGACCAAGGCAAACGAACAACUAUCAGAUUCAUUGGCCGGUCUGAUUGCGCCAUGCAUCAUCGAUUGGCCAAGCAGCGCAUCGACAAUGGAUCGUAUCGAUCAACUGACAUACUCCUACUUGAUCAACGAUAAACCAUUGAUCAAAGAAGAUAUCGAAAAACGUCUGAACCUUUCAAAAGAUAUUUUAAAUAAUUAUUCAGAGUAUAUGGUUGUAAGUAGAAUCAAUAAUAAUAAUGUCUUCCAAUAG